AUGGAGGAAAAUGGUGGCAAACACGCAACGACAAGCGACGGAAUACAUGGAAAUGGAACAACGGUGCAGCAGAAGUAUCUGUACACGAAAAGUGACCAUGGACCGUAUCGUGUUUAUGUGGAAUUGACGGACAAGACAAACAAAAUUAACAAGUUCACAAUGGGAGCAUGGUUAAGGAAGCUGGGCAAAUAUCGACGAAGCGUGACGGAGAUGAAAUAUCUCGGCAGGAAUGAAAUGAUCGUUUUUAUGAGCUUUAUGACAGCGGCAAAUGCAAUGGUGGACGAUGAAAAUCUACUGGAAGCAGGAUACAAGGCGUACAUCCCACGGCAUCUUGUGUGCAUAUCAGGUGUAUUAGCAGGAAUCCCAACGGACAUCACGGAAGACGAAAUCCUAAACGACAUUGAAAGUCCAGCUCCGGUGAUGAGUGUAUUUCGACUAUCUCGUUUCGUGGAUGGAUUGAGGCAACCAAGCAACAGACAAUACCGAACUAGGUUUCCAAUAUUAUUACUCACAGCACGUGCAGUCCACUACGAGUGCCUACCGUAUCCAGGCACUUCCGUGUGCAAAAUCGAUUUCAUAUCCUACCAUCCUGGUGAUCAGAUCUCUUUUCCCACUGGAUUCCAGCACUACCAGUUUAGUUCGCCUCGUUCCAUAAAGAAAGACGCAUCCUCCUAUGUGGCCACAUUCGAUGAGGAGCUCUAUGAGGCCAUGCAUCGACCAUCCAGUAUCGAGAUGAGAAACAUUGGGCUGAAUAGACUGACAUUGCCUUCGGGAUUGCUGCUGGGUGAUUUCGCCGAAAACGGACUCGCAUCAAUAAAUGUAUCACAUGGAAGAAAUUAUCAAAUCGCUUAUCUGGAUCUUGAGAUAAACAACUUGAAGGACAUAGACUUCUUGAGUAGCUUGGUGAAUUUGGAAGUUCUGCAUUUGGGACGAAACUACAUUGAAAGCAUUCCCAGAUCCGCGAUAACUCCGUUAAAGAAACUUAAAUAUCUAUAUCUUCAAUUCAACUUCAUCGAAACGAUUCCUUGGAAUGAUCUGGCCCCCAGUUUGAUUCAUUUGGAUUGUUAUUCCGGAGAAAUAAGAUCCGUCGUAUUCAUCAACAUUAGUCUGCCUUCUUUGGAAUAUCUGAACCUUCAGCACAACGAGUUGUCGGAGAUCAACGUGACGGAGUUACUUCGAGCAGCCCCUAACCUCAAGGAAGUCCAUCUAGAAAAUGUCGAAAUUCAUAUAACCCGCAUGCUGGAGAUUCAUGCCGAGCUGGAAUUAAACAACAUCAGCUAUGUUGAUCCUUUUCGGCAUGAUACGUGUCCGAUUAGUGACAAAAAAUGCUUUCAAGAUGAAGAAAAUCCGUCAAUCAGCACCGGUAAAGCUCUACUGCUGUCAACCGUAGUCGUUCUCACGGCGGGGCUGUUUAUGUAUAUUACGGUUGUGGUGUUCAAGCAAAUGCAUCGAUGAUUAUUGUGCUUAG